AAUGUCGUCUAAGGAACUACCGGGAAAUGUACCGGGCCGGGCCGGUGUACAGUAUGGGUUAAUAAUGCCGGGAAAGCCGAGUAAACCCGCAACUGCUCUUGCUGUACGCAAGAAACCGAGCAUUUUUAACCAGUCUGAUAGUGAUUCAGAUGUAGAAGGUGAGGAUUGGGUAAAGAAGUCCCUGAAGACCAAGGCCUCGUCUAACAACACUGGGCUGAAGAAACAGACUAAGAUUGUGAUGGCUAAAGCUCUAGAAGAGGAUCCAACAGUUUUUCAGUAUGACGAAGUAUAUGACAAGAUGGAAGAGAAGAAAGAGGAGGAGGUCGAGAAGAAGAAGACGGUUGACCGGCAACCAAAAUAUAUCAAGAAUCUUCUCAAAUCCGCAGAAAUAAGAAAUAAGGAGUUUGAGAGAAGAGUGGAGAGAAAGGUGCAAAAAGAGCGCGAAGCUGAGGGAGAAAUGUUUGCGGACAAGGAGAGCUUCGUGACCUCGGCCUACAGGGCGAAGAUGGAGGAGAUGGCCAAGGAGGAGGAGGAGGAGGAAAGGAAAAACAGGAUAGAGUCUGUGCUAGAUGUUACCAAACAAAAAGAUCUCAGUGGGUUCUAUAGACAUCUUUACAGGCAAACCCACGGUGAGGAGCGAAGUGAGCUUGAAGAUAAGAUAAAGAAAGAGGAAGAGGAAAAUAAAGAAUUAAGCGUAGAAGAACAAGCGAGGAAGGUGAAGGAAGAAAUGAAAAAGAUAAAGGUAGAGAGCGACGAGGAAAAGGAAGAAAUUGAAACCGAUCUGAACAUUAAAAAAGUGAAUAAGAACAAGGCAUUUAGAAAGAAAAAGGAUGAAGAGAGUGAAAGCAGUGAAAGUGGAAGUAGUUGUGGAGAAAGUGACAGUGACGAAGAGGGUGAGCAUGUUGAAAUAAAGAAAGAAGACCUGACCGCGGAAGAGAAAGUUGAAAAGAGAAAGCAGGAGAUGAAAGAGCAGAAGGAAAGAAGAGAGAAGAGGAAGCGGAAGAUUGAACAAGAUGAGAGUUCAAGUGAAGAAAGUGAAGACGAGGUAGAAACUGAGGAGGAGAAGAAGAAGAAGAAGGAAGAUAAGACUGAGAAUAAAGAAGAAGAAGAAGUGAAGAUGGUUGAACAGAAGAAGGAUGAAACUCCGAAAAUUGAUAUCUGGAAGAAAAGGACGGUGGGAGAUGUAUUUGAGGACGCUCUAACUAGAUACUGGCAGAGGGUUGCUGAGAGGAGAGCAAAUUAGGACGUGGGGAUAGUUUUUGGAACGUCCUUACAAGGAAGGUUGUAUGUGUUCCACUUCAGAUGAAAAUACACACAGAUUGCAGGCCAACGGAAACCAUCAACUAUAUUUUUUUUACUAGAUAAUUAUACCAGGGGUUUAUUUUGUUAGGUUUAGUUCCCCAAACCGUUUAUUUUAAGAGAGUUU